UCUUGACCUUAAUCAUUCGCACUAUUUAUAUACCUUUAUUUCUUUUUUAAUUUCACAGUUGUUUGAAUUUAAAAACAAAUACAAUGAGCGCAUCAGUAUUCGGCACAAAUGACAGCUCACUUGACCUGUUGCUUAGCCAGGCCAAGGAGACGCUGGCGCGCAGGGAGCAAGAUAAAAUCGCAGCCGAACAGGCAGCCGGGAACAAACAAACGAGCAAGAAACAACAGCUGGCGCUCUCCGUUCCGCUGCGGCUCGACACCGGAUGUAGGAUUGGCGAAUCGCAGCUUCUCAAAACCAACCGCACAACCGGCAUGACAACACUAAACACGGAUCUUGUCUAUGCCAACGCAAAGGCAGCUCCCGGAAUAGACUCUGCAAUUGACGAAAAGACAGCCACGCCUGAUCCAACCAUCAAACGCCAGUCGAAAAACACUGUGGCGGCUGCCAAAGACCAGACUGCGGGCAAGCAGUGGUUUGGGAUGAAAGCACCCGUGCUUACCCAGGAACUCAAAAACGACGUGCGUGUUUUGCAGCUGCGCAAUAUUUUGGACCCAAAGAGGUUCUACAAGAAGGAUGUGAGUACGAAAAAGAUGCCAAAGUACUUUGAAAUGGGGACAAUCAUCGAAGGGCCGACAGAGUUCUACUCGAGCAGGAUGACAAAGAAGGAACGCAAGAAUAAUUUGGUCGACGAGUUGCUGGCUGACAAGCAGGCGAGGGAUUACUUUAAGCGUAAGGUAGGCGAGAUUAACGCUGUGAACAAUAGCGGCAGGAACCGCAAGCACUUUAAAAAGUCAAAAGGAAGUGGCAAUGCAAGUGGUGGCCACAAAUCUGGGGAUAAGGCGAAGCGUGGCCAUUAGCUUUAACAAUAAAACACCUUUUUCAAUUGCAUCUGUGACUAUAUCGUAACUUUUUAAAAUACUGAACGCUGAUUUGGAUAGCUCCGAGUAAAUGAAAA